GCAGGCCGGAAGCGGCGCUGACGAGGGGCUGGCGGAGCGGGGCGCUGGCAGGCGUUGCCAAUGGAUGAACUGGUGCAUGACCUGGCCUCAGCCUUAGAGCAGACUUCAGAACAAAAGAAACUGGAUGAGCUAUGGGAAGAGAUGGCACUAAGCCCACGGCAGCAGCGGCGUCAGCUCCGCAAGAGACGGGGUCGUAAGAGACGCUCAGACUUCACACAUCAGGCAGAGCACGCCUGCUGCUACAGCGAGGCCUCGGAGUCCAGCUUGGACGAAGCUGUCAAGGAUUGCCGUGAGGUGCUGACAGCUAAUUUCAGUGACUCUGAUGACAUGGCAGUGGUCAAACGACACCCAACUCUUAGUGCCACCCUGAGGAGCAAACAGCACCUGUGGCAUGAGUCAGACUCCUUUACAGAAAAUGCACCCUGUCGACCUCUCAGGCGCCGAAGGAAAGUCAAACGUGUGACAUCAGAGGUGGCUGCCAGUCUCCAGCAAAAGCUCAGGGUGUCAGAGUGGAACUGUGAGAGGGGCUGCAGGUUUAAGUCAGCCAAGAAACAGCGCCUUUCACGCUGGAAAGAAAAUGCCCCUUGGACAUCAUCCAGUCAUGGCCUUUGUGAAUCAGGAGAGAACAGGCCCUUCCUCAGCAAAGGAGGAAGGAAGGAGCGGAUGGAGUGUGAAGCUGAUGAUCAGAAACAGGGCUCAGAUGAAAACAUGUCAGAAUGUGAAACCAGCAGUGUAUGCAGCAGCAGUGAUACUGGCCUGUUUACCAAUGAUGAGGGCCGCCAAGGAGAUGAUGAGCAAAGUGAUUGGUUUUAUGAAGGAGAAUGUGUUCCAGGAUUCACUGUCCCCAACCUUCUUCCUAAGUGGGGUGCUGAACACCGAUCUGAAGUGGAGAGGAUUGACUCAGGCCUGGACAAGCUCUCAGUUUCCACGUUCCUUUUGCCCUCACGGCCAGCUCAGAGAGGAUUUCAUGCUCGCCUGAAUCGCCUUCCAGGAGCUGCUGCCCGAUGUCUCCGAAAAGGUCGGAGGAGGCUUGUUGGCAAGGAGACCUCCAUGAGCAAUCUGGGCACCGAGAGGCUAGGUCAUAUUGUUAGUGAUCCGCGCCAGAAAGAUUUUUGGUUACCAUCCAUGGGGAAGAGAAAUCGCAACCAGUUCAAUCCAUUAUCUCCUCUGUACUCUCUGGAUGUGCUUGCUGAUGCUUCCCACCGAAGAUGCUCACCAGCACACUGCACUGCCAGGCAAACAAGUGUCCACCUGGGACCACCAUAUUCAAGGGACAUCAAGAGGAAACGAAAGCCAGCUGCAGCCUCCAUGUCUAGCCCAACAUCAGCAACUUUAUCUGUCCACAUGGAUGCAGCAGAAUCAGAGCUACCAGCAACACCAUCCUUGAGAUCCCAGAACUCUGAGUGGACUGGGAAAACACCAGCAACUGAGAAACCUGCUAUUGCUGCUUCCAGUAACUUUUUUAAAAUGCCACCAGAGAAGAGCCUUGGAUACAGCUAAAAUGAAGCACUACAACUAUAAAAGCUUGCUUAAUUUUGGAAAUGUUUGGUUUUGGUGUGUCUCUGCACCAAACAUGUUGUUUGGCAGAGUGGUAUCCUCAGUAUUGAUGUGUGAUGCGUGCCAUCAUCCAGACUGAUCUGCGUGCCCCACAUACCUAAGUCAUGUUUGUGACUCUGUGUUUAGGAAAAGGUAAUCACUGUUGGGACCGCAGCGGCUUUUAAAAAUAUUCUUGCUAUUGCUGUAUUUAUUAUGCAUUCAUCUCUUUCCCUGAUGCCAGCUCAUAUGUAAUGGGUCAUGUACAGAUUCUUUUGGGUUUUCAGAUCUUUAUUCACCCCGUUGGACAUUUUGCUGUUUGUGUAUUUGGCAUUUUUGGGGGUGAAAGUCCCACUGCCACUCAGGGAGGCAGAAGUCUCCCCCUGUGUUCUUCCAGGCCAGAAGGAUUUCUUGGCUGUGGAAUGAGGAGGGAAUGCAAAGAAACUGAAAUAUGGAAUCUGAAUUCUGUGUUAGCAGAAGGUUUUUGGGCCAUGUGCUAAUGGACUCAAAUCAUGUUGUUUUUGACAAAGCAAAUAUGGUGCUUGUCCACGCAGAAAUUGCCAUUGGCUCACUGGCAGCAUCAUCGUCCAUUAGACCUUUUUCUUCUCCCUUGUUCUGAAUGUCUUUAUAGUCUUUUGUAUUGCAUGUUCAUUCUUAAACCUCCUACUGGAUAAGGAUUUGGGAGAACUACUUUGGCAUAAAUGUGUAAGCUGGUGUCCUGGAAAGGAACCUGGAUCCAUGAAUAUCGUUGGAGUAUGGUAGAGGAUAUACAAAACUUCCAUAUCUCAGUGUAUAAAUUAAAAAAAAGUCUGUUAGUGUUUCUAAAGGAUGCUUGCUGUUGAAGUUAACAUGCCAUUGAACAAAAAAGCUACCUAAAGUGUCCCACAAGUUCAGAGCAUUAUGGGUAUUGAUCAUAUUCCUUCUGUCUCAUGCUCUCCCUUCACAAGUAUUGUCUGCUAUACCUACUGGGGUGUCUCCACCUGCUGAUGAUUGCUCAUCACACUGCAGUGAACACUAAAGAGAUUCUCUUCAUAGAACCUCCACUUGGUCUGCUGUUACCUUCUGUGUUGCGGAAUAUAUAUAGCACAGUGAUUUCUUCCCUCUCUUUCCUUAAAUAACUCUGGAGCUUAUCUUAGGCUGUAUUUUCAGAAUAUAUACCUGCAUAGCGUGUAUCAAGAAACAGGUGGCCUCACAGCUUCUUAAGUCCUGUAACAAUAGGAUGUAUUUGUAUGAAUAGAACUCUUUGCUUUCUUCAUUAUGUGGAGCUUUCAGACAGGACCAUUUAAACUUGUAAAAUUUUGAUUAUGGAAGUACAGCUAGCACUCUUAAGCAGACAACAAAAUUUGCAUAUUUUUAGUGGUUUUGCAGCCUUCUGCUCUCCCUUAUAAAUCAAAUAGCUGAGGGACAGAUUUGAUUGUGAGAAUACGAAGCAGUGAUUUAUAUUUAACUCUGUAUUAAUAUGUUAAAUGGUCAUAACAUGCACAAAACAGAAAUUCAAUGACUUGCUAAAUCACAAUUGACAAAUAUAGUUGGUUAUACUACAGGCAUACUGUCUGUGUCUGAUCCCCUAAUACCUACUUAUUCCUGGGGAGAUAUUCAAAUUGGAUUUAUAUUUUGCAGCCCAAGCAAACUGUCAGAUCUGUCACUGUAAAUCCAUUUCAAUUUUUUUUUUUGUUUGUUUGGUGGUGCAUUUUUACCUAAUGGAGGAUCACAAUGGUCUUUUUGGAUUACAGGACAAGCUGUAAGGCUUCCGUGGAGGAAGGAGAGCUCCUGUUUUGAAGUAGUGAUUGGUUAGUCUUAUUUGUAGUUUUUUUGAGCAAUGGUGCUUAAGGAGUAGCACGAGAAGUCUCAGCCCUGGAGGGCCUUUAAUCUAGAACAUGUGAGGGGAAGGUAAAUCUGAAGAUGAGUAGCUGCACUAUCUAAUUACUCAUGAAUACAGUGAAUACAGGUGGUCACAUACUCCUGACAACCUGCAGAUAAAUUUUAGGAUUGGAAGCCUUGCAAUCUAAACUGCAUGCUGUUUCAGUGACAGGGAGUGGUCUCCUUGAAGAGCUUUUGUGAAAUUGAGUGGGUUUGAUCUCAUGAAGGACUCUCCAUAACCUCUCUUGGCUUGAGUCUGUUCAACAGAUUUACUCAGAUUACUGAUCAUUUAGCUAAAAUUUUAUAUUUAGCCUUUAUAUUCCUCUUUGUAAAACCAAUUCUGAUAUACCUUGCUACAUUGUAAGUGUUGUCCAGGGUAGUUCUUUCUCUUCUGUGGUGUUAUGAUGGUUUUAAAACUUUUGUAAGAGAAUGUUAGGGAAUUCAGAGCCUUCAUCUUAUUGCAGUGGGUGAGAGGUUGCCACGCUUCACGUGAUUUUUCUCUGGGGGCAAAGAUAAUUUAUCAGAUUUUCCUAUUGAGGUCAGUAGCACUGUUAUCUGGUUAAGCCCUUACUUAUGUAUUAAGCUCCUAGGAGUUAUUUCUUGUCCUUAAAGGCUGAAUGUACCUGUGGCAGUACUGAAGAGUAACUGUGGCAGAUCUUGGCUUGGCAGACCGUACUUCCCACUGUGGCAAACUUCUGGAAGUGUCAGGAGAUUCAAAUUAUUGCAGUUGCCCUGUCUUUCCUGUUUCUAUGUUAGAAUCCAUUUACAGGUCAGUUUGGUUCCGAACCAAAUAUGAUUCUCCAGAGGCAAGCAAAAUGAAUCAUGUAUCUGGUUAUUUAUCCUGGGUAUUUAUCAAAAUUUAUCUUCAGACUUCAGUAAGUUGAUACAGAUUUUAGUAUCUUCAGCAUUUUUAGAUGAAUAAAAUAGGUUCAUGGCUUUGUCUCUUUUAUUCUCUAAGGCAGAUUUCUUAGAACUUGCACUCUGCUCACACAGUACUUGUUGUGAAGGAUACUGCUUCCGAUGUGGAUUACUUGAGUAGAAAGGAAUAAUAACAUAUCUUGAUUUGGUAGCUGUGCUUCUACCAAGAUGGUCCAGUAUGUGAUUAUUGCUUCAAAGAUACACAGCUCACUCAUGUUUCACUUCUUGUCAACCAAGACUCCCCAGUCUUUUUCCAGUUUUGUAUUCUCUCCAACUGUCUCCUCUCCUUGUCCUUAUGGGAGACUUCAACUUCCCAGACCUGAACUGGGAAUACCAUACUACUGUGACAAGCAAGCCUGGGAGAUUCCUGAAGUAUGUUGAAGAUAAUUUUGCAUCACAAGUACUCAGUGAGCCAACCAGGAAAGAUGCCCACCUAGACUUGUUAUUUGACUAGAGAAGGACUUGAGAGAGAUAUGAUGGUAGGGGCUGCCUUGGCCACAGGGAUCAUGAAGUGGGUAAUUUUUAAAUUUUUGAUGUAGUGAGGAAAACGGUCAGUGGAGUUGCUACCCUGGAUUUCAAGAAAGCUAAUUUUAGACUACUCAGUGAGCUAGUUAGUAGUGUGCUGUUCCCUGAGUGCUGGUCAUUUUUUAAGAAUCAUCUUUUAAGAGCACAAGAGCAAGGCAAUCCCUGUGAUGAAAGUCAAGCAGUGCAGACGACCAGUUUAGCAUAACAGGGAACUCCUCUUGGAACUCAGGAAGAAAAAGAAAUUCUAUGAUCUCUGGAAGCAAGGUCAGGCUUCACAGGAAGAUUACAGAGCUGUGCUUCAUAUAUGCAGGGAAAAGAUAUGAAAGACUGGAACUUAAUUAGAGUUGAAACUGGCCAGUGUUUUGUCAGACAAGAAAGGCUUUUUGAAGUGCAUUAACAGCAAGAGAAGGUCUAAGGAAAACAUUGGACCAAUAUGUGUUGAAGAUGGUCACCUGACAAAUCAGGGUGAAGAAAAAGUGUAGGCAUUCAGUGUGGGGUUUUUGCUUCAAUCUCUAAUAAUACUGACAGACCUUAGGCAGCCCAGUCUUCUGAUCUGGAGGACCAUUACUGUGGGAAUAGUGGCAUUUGUGUACACUGAGAUUGUAAGGGACCAGUUGAAUGUUUGUAAGUCUCUGAAGCCAGAUGGAAUUCAUCCAGAAACUAGGGGCUGUUGGAGCACAGCCCUUCUCAAUCACCUACCUAAGGUUUUGGGAGUCUCGGAAGGUCCCUGUUGACUGGAAGCUAGCCAGUGUUAUUCUAGUUUACAGGAAGGGCAUGAAGCAAGACUGAAGAAACUACAGACCUGUUAGUCUAUCCUCAAUACCUGGAAAAAUUGUGGAGAAGAUCAUACUGGGUGCUACUGAAAGGCAUUUAAAGUCCUUUAAACCAUAGGAUCAUAGCAUAUCCUGAGCUGCAAGGGACCCACAGGGAUCAUCAAGUCCAGCAAAGAACUGGUGGGUGAUGUGGUGGUCAGUGUCUGUCUUGGGCAUAGUGACCAUGAAAUGUUAGAGUUUUCAAUACUGGGUGAAAUAAGAGGCACCAGCAGAAUUUCUGCCUUGGACUUCCAGCGGGCAGACUUUGGCCUGUUUAGGAGACUGAUUGACACAGUCCCUUGGGAGUCAGUCCUAAAGGGCAAAGGAGUCUAGGAAGGCUGAAUGUGCUUUAAAAAUGAAUUGUUAAAUAUUCAGGAGCAGGCUGUCCUCAUAUGCAGAAAGACAAGACACUGGGGAAAAAGACCGGCCUGUCUAAACGGAGAACUUAAACUGGAACUUAGGGGGGGAAGAGAGAAUCUGUUGUCUCUGGAAGGAGGGUUAGGUAACUUGGAAGGACUAUAAGGAUGUUGCGAGGUCAUGUAUGGAGAAGAUUAGAAGGGCCAAAGCCCAACUAAUAGGAGGAUCAAGGAGUGUCUCCGUAAUGAAUACAGAGGGUAGUAAAAUGACAGGGGAUGAGGAAAAGGCAGAGGUGACACGGUUUGGUCAAGGGAAGGAAUGAGACCAGCAGGCUUGUGACAGGACUGCAGGUCUUCUAAGCAGAGCCUGAUGCUAAUCCUGCCAGAGGCGGAGAUACAGCUCUCCUCGCUCUGCCCUGUAGGGUUGUGUUAGGUCUCACCCUUAGGGUAAAAACCCACUGUACCCAAAACAUGAGACAAGAGACGAAGUGAACAGGAUCACAGCUGAAGCUGAUCUGAUUUAUUAGAACGAAGGUGGAGGGUUUUUAAGGAUCUGGCUAGGGAAGGUGCUAGAACUAGGGAGGAGCAUGGGAGGAGCAUGCAAAACUGCGAAAAGUGAUAGGGUAGGCAACAGGGUGAAAUAACAAGGGGGUGGGACACAACCAUGAAAUAACUGGGAAGUGAUGUGAUUGGUAGCUACCCCAUGGUAGGCUAUCCAAGGAGGGAACUGUCUCUGUGCCUCGAAAGGCAAGUCCAGUAACUGAAGAAGAAGAAGGUAAUUUAAAAUGGUGGCCUCAACCUAGCAUUAGGUUUAGCCACAUGGUGAUAAAUGUAAAAGUCCGUCAGGCAGGCUUGUUAGCUGUAGCAAUGUCCUCCAUGUCACCAAGGAAUUCCUCUCUCCAGCGGGUAAACUCCGUCUCAUUCUCCAGCUCAUCCCCAACACAGAGGUACUUAAUGCCUUCUUUUCCUCAGGCUUUAAUAUUAAGACCAGUUGUCCUCAGGAUACUCAGCCCCCAGAGCUGAAAGUUAGGGAUGGGGAGCCAAGUGAAGCCUCCAUAAUCCAAGAGGAGAUGGUUAGUGACCUGCUAUGCCAAUUAGACACUCACAAGGCUAUGUGCCCUGAUGGGAUCCACCCCAGAAUAAUGAGGGAACUGGUGAAAGAACUUGCCAAACCCCUCUCAAUCAUCCACCAGGAGUCCUGAUUAACUGGAGAAGUUUCAGCUGACUGGAAAUUAGCAUCAUCUGCAAAAAGGAUGAUCCAGGGAACUACAGGCCUCUCAGCCUAACCUCGGUUCUGGGCAAGGCUUUGGAAGAGAUCAUCCUGAGUGCCAUUAUACAGCACAUGCAGGACAACCAGGGGAUCAAGCACAGCUGACGUGGGUUUACGAAGCGAAGGUCCUGCUUGACCAACCUGGUGUCCUUCUGUGAUAAAGUGACCCACUUAGUAGAUGAGGGAAAGGCUGUGAAUACAGUCUAUCUAAACUUCAGUAAAGUGACACCAUCUCCCACAGCAUCCUCCUAGAAAAACUAUCUGCUCGCAGGUCUGAUAGGUGCGUUCUUCAGUAGGUAAAAAGUUGGCUGGAUGGCCAGGCUCAGAGAAAUGUGGCAAAUGGAGCUAAACCCAGUUGCUAUCAGUGUUCAUCAGGAACACUGGGGGACCCCUCCCAAGACUUGGUUUUGGGGCCAGUCCUGUUUAAUAGUCUUUACUGAUUAUCUGGAUGUGGGGGUUUGAGUGCACCCCUCAGUGUUCAGGGGAGACCUCUUCACUCUCUACAGCUACAGUGAGGGGGGGACCGGUCUCUUCUGUCAUGCCUACAGUGAGAGGAUGAGAGGAAGUGGCCUUAACCUGAGACAGGGGAGAUUUUAAUUAGGUAUUAGAAAAUUUGUUUUCACUGUUAAGGUAGUCAGGCAUUGGAAUAAGUUGCCCAGAAGGGUGGUGGAGUCAGCAGCCCUGGGGGUGUUUAAGAGACAUCUGGAUCUGGCAUGGGGUGAUACGGUAUAGAGGUUACAGUGGUAGUGCAGGGUUGACAGUUGGACUUGUUGAUCUUAAAGGUCUUGUCCGACUUCGAUAAUUCUAUGAUUCUAUGAACUCCUGGCCUUCCACAGGACAGCCCCAGGAAUCACACCUUGUGAGUGAGAGCAUUGUCCAAACACUUGAACUCUUCAGGCCUGGUGCUCUGACCACUUUCCUGGGGAGCCUGUUCCAGUGCCCAAACACCCUCUGGGCUAAGGACCUUUUCCUAAUAUCUAACCUAAACCUCCCCUUACACAACUUCAGGCCGUUCCUUUUGGUCCUGUCACUGGUCAGCACAAGUGAUCAGUGCCUGCCUCUCCACUUCCCCUCAUGAAGUUGUAGAUGGUGAUGAAGUUCUCCCCUCAGUCUCCUCCAGGCUGAACAAGCCAUGUGACCUCAGCUGCUCCUCAUAUGGCUUCCCGUCUAGGCCCCUAAUCAUCUUCAUAGCCCUCCUUUAGACACUGUAAUAGCUUUUAUAUUCUUAUAUUGUGGUGCCCAAAACACAGGACUUAAGGUGAGGCUGCACCAGUGCAGAGCAGGACAAUCACCUCCUUCGACUGGCUUAUGAUGUAAUUUUAAAACAGAGCAAAUAAUAAACAGCAAAUUGGUGAAGGAGCUGGAAGGCAUGUCCUGUGGGAAGUGGUAAAGGAAUGUGGGUUUGUCUGGUUUGGAGAAAAGGAGACUAAGGGGUGACCUCACUGCUCUUUACAACUUCUUGAGGAGGGGAAGCGGAGAGGGAGAUGCUGAAUUCUUCUUCCUGGUAUCUAGUGACAGGACACAUGGGAAUGGUUCAGAGCUGUGUGAGAGGUAAUUCAGACUUGACAUUAGGAAACACUUCUGUACUGUCAGGAUGGUCAAACACUGGAGCAGGCUUCCUGGAGAGAUGGUUGAUGCCCCAAGCCUGUUUGUUUAAGAGGCAUUUGGACAAUGCCCUUACUUUAACAUUUGGUCAGUCCUGAUGUGAUCAGUCAUUUACACUAGGUAUUCGUUUUAGGUCCCUUCCAUCUGAACUAUUUUAUACAUGAACUUUGACAGACGGGAGGAAUGAAAAGACAGAAACAUCACAAAGUCCCACCCUCCAGCAUAUCAGUGGCUCCCUUCCCCAACAUGCCUUUUUUUCUGAUCUUGUUGAGAGUAUGUUCUGUCUUUUUCCACCAGGUCACUAAUGAUCACUGAACAGUAUUGAUCUCAGUAUUGCCUUCUGAGGCAUGCUUUUCAUAACUGGCCAUCAGGCAGAUUUCAAACCACUGAUCAUUUUUCUUUUAACCUGACACUUCAGCCAGUUUCUCACUGGUCCAUAGUCCAUAGCUCCUGCAUUUGGCUGUAAGGCUGCUGUGAGAGACUGCAUCAAGAGGCUUACUGAAGUCAUUGUAAACAGCAUUCACUACCUUCUGUGUGUCCACAGAGUCUGUCAUUUCAUCAAAGAAGGCAGUCAGGUUUGCAGGCUUGAUUUUCCCUCUUUUAAUGUGGCAGCCUGUUCCUAGUCACCUCUUUGUCCUUUGGGUGCCUGGAAAUGGCUUCCAGACCUUGCUUCAUAAAGCUACAAGGGACUGAGGUAGGGCUGACUAGCCUAUCAUUCCUUUGAGUCUUUUUAGAAAGGUGAUGUAUAUGUACCCCUUCUUGUCACUGAGGACCUCAUACAAUUGCCACAAUUUUUCAUAGAUGACAGAGACCCAUCUUAAAAUGACAUACUUUUAUGUACAGGGAGAAGAUGGACAUUCGGUGAAAAAGAAAUCAAGAGCUGAGAGGAGCACAUUUCUGAGUAGUUCUUUGCAUGUUUCCAGUAGUUCCAGUGAGCUCUAGUCAAGAUUAAUACCCAAUUUGGUAGGUACUGGAGAAGUUUAAAUUAAAAGAACAUAGUUUCUGGCCUAAUGGAUUUGUGAUUUUAAGGUACAGUGAAGAGUGAAGAAGGCAACAAAACAGUAGCUGGAGAGAAACCUGUUAGAGGCUGGGACUAGUGCUACUGAGUGAUAGAUUAGCUCCAUAAUUGUGGUAUGCAGAGGUGUGUCUUGCCAGCAUCGUUCCUGAAAAAUGACAUUGAGUCGGUCAGUGCUGUCCUUCAAACUGUAGAAACUCCUGUGGUUAUUCUGUGGGUGUUGCAGGGACCUGCUUAGUGAGCAGAGGACGAGAAGGGAAAUUGGAGGACAGACAAGAAGAAGAGCGAUUGAGUGCACCUUUUAUUGUAACCCCUUCUGUACUGAAGAAGGAAGAUGCUACAAAAAACAGUAUGUGUGCCUGGAUAUUGAAAAGGAAUUAUAUCAAGUGGAUAAGGGCUUUGCUUUGUUGUCUUGAGGAACACUUUGUUCCUCAACAGUUUGUUGUUGAGUACUUUUCACUGAAGCAAAAUUGCAGGAUGCUACCAGUCAUUUGUUCAGAAAAUGUAUCUUAAUAGUCUGUUAGGAGACUAUCAAAGGAGGAAAAACUCGAUUCUCUGUGUGGUACUUCAUUACUAUGUCUUUGUCUUCUGUAUUCUGUUCCAGUUUGUGUUCUAUGAUGAGAUAUCUUCCUCUUUGCCAUCAAAUAUCAGGAAAAUACAGCAAUGCUUCUUAAGGCAUUAAGCAUAAGGCUACUCUUGCUGUGCAAAAGAUAAGACAAGGUUAUCUUAGGCCAUUAACUUUUACCCAGAACAAGGAUUGAACUCAGCACGGAGAGCAUAAUGUCUGUAUUAUACCAAAGCAUCUCAUUCUUAAGAAAGUGAACAGUGCCAUAGGCAAGUGCAGGGAGACUAAACUGGCACCAGUGCCUGGAGCCAGGUGCAUGGCUGGCCCUCAGCCACGUGAUGGACAAUACAGACUUAUGUUGUGGAGACAGAGGGAACGUCCAACAUCCUUCUCGCCUUCAGUGUGGGUAGAAUGCCUUCCCAACUGCAAACAUGGCUGUUGGUGUGAGUCCGGUAAGUUAACAAAGAUGUGCUAGAUGACAUACUAGGGAAAGGGAAUUCUUGUACCAACUUAAAGGAUUGGUAAAAGGGGAAAAUGGGCUGGUACAGCCUGUUAUGUCAGAGAAAGAUGCAAAAUAUAUAUACUUGCAGACAAUCAGGAAAAGUAUUGCUGAGUCCUGCGUGUUAUGACCUAUUCAUUUUCUUAAAGCAGAGAUGCCAGUAUUAUGAGGAUGAUCAGGACUUUGUAAAGCUGCCCUCUUGUCCUUGUAACAUCUGAAGGAAAUGGGAUGAACAGCAUGAAAAAGGCUGCACUGGGUCAGACCAAAGAUCUGUCUGCCUUGGUAGUCUGUCUCUCACAAUGACUGGGUUUAGACACCUAGGGGUAUUGUAAGAUUUGAAGUAGUUGUAUAGUGAUGGGUUUUUUUGUGUUCUCUUAGCCCAGUGUCCAGUCUCAAAAUGACGUACAAACUUUUUUCAAAGCUGGAGAAAACUUUUGCGAACCUUUUGGCUAUAGUAUUUAUCUUGCAACUGGAUUUAAUUAUAUUUUUACAAGAACAUGUCCCAACUUUAAAAACAUCAAGUAAGAAUUAGUUCAUCUUUGUUUGUAAUCAGUUUUCUUAUUAAUUACCAUCUUUAUAAGUAAAUUGCAUCUUCUCUUGGAAUACUUUUUUCCUGAUAUGAACAUCCUGACAUUGUUUCUUACUCUGCUUUUUUUUCCAGCAAGGUUGAAAAGUCUUGUUCUUUCUUUACAAUUAGGCUUUUUUGACAUGUAUAACUACCUAUACCCACCCAGAAAAUCCUAUGUAAUCCACUAACCCAUAUAAGUAAUUUUUCAUAAGCUUCACCCUGAAAACUUGCCAUUUAACCUUUAAUUUUUCUCCUGCAUGAAAAUCCCCAGUAUUGCACAUCCAUAUGCAUUCAGUUCUGGUGUCUACACUUAAAGUAUUCUUUAGAGUUUCAGAGUAUAAUUAUAAGAGUCACUUACAGUACUCUUUACAGAGUGUUCUCAUACUGUUAUUUGGGCUUCAUAUAUUCAUAUGAGUGUCAUGAUAACCUUUGAUGGCCAAACACUACCCUAACAUUACCAUGGAAGGUGAUAUUCAGUCAGUUGACUCUGAACUUGAGGUUCUCAUCACUGCUUUUCAAUGCACAAGAUCCUAGAAAGUAAGAAUUUUUUUAAAUUUCAAAAUCUAUUGCAUCAUUUAUUAUUGUCUGUGUGGUAGAAAGCCUUCUAUGGAAAUGGAAAUACAAGGCAAUAAACCAUUUCUUGUCUUGUGUAGAUGGGCGUAAAAAUGAACUUGAAGCUAAAGCCUAGAUUGCCUAGAUGGGUGCAUGUGAGACUUCAUUGCUGAAGGCAUUUCUAAGAGGGCCAUGAACUGAGACUGGUCUGGACUGACCAGAGAUGUGGUGCACUGCUGAAGCCGUUGAACUUUCUCUCAAGUUUUGGCAACACCAGACAGGCAAAGCUACCACCACUUGCAUUUUAGCUUCCUCCUCCUGUCACAGAGGGCAUACCUAGAGAUAAUUCACAAACAGGUCUGCACAAAUUCUGUAAAGAACUGCUUUGUUCAUGUCCUAAAAUGGCGUCAUAAAAUUUAACUGUUUGAUAGGAUUAGACUCUGGGUCCUUAGGACUCUCUUUUAGGGGUAACACGUAAAUAAGAAAGAUUUUUCUGUCUUAAAACAUUAUGUGUAUUGUCUGAAUGAGGUUCUUGCAGAAUCUCUCUUCUGAUUAUAGAAACUGGAAAUAAAUCAAUAUGUGAAAGAAUUGUUUUAUCUGAUAUAAGGCAAACUGAGUUGAGAGUGGGGGAAGAGAGAUUUCACUGACAUCUAACUAGAUUUACAGUAUUGGAAUGUCCAUUAAUCUGCAUGCUUCCUUGACCGUUUCCUUAAGUAUAACCUGUAACCUGAAGGUCUGUAGGGAGUUACUGUGCUUUUCUUCUUUUGAAUUGCAAACGUGAGUGAAUUUGAGAUAAUUUAUCAUGUCCAUUCUUUGGAGUUGUUUUCUAAUGAUUUUGUUUCCCAGUUUGUCAGGACGUUGUCUCUAGACAAGUGAGAUGCUCCCUGUUCAGAAUCUGAAACAAUUCCAGAGUUUAAGUAGCCUUUCACUUCUAAGUCCCUGCUUCAGAUCUGCCCCGUCCCACAGGGGAUUUCAUUUAAAUGAGCAGGUCAAUUUCAAUUGAUAGUUUAAUGGAUAUCUGUUCAUUUUGCCAGCACUGACAUCCUUUUAAGAUAGAUUGGGUUCAUUCUUUUUAUCAUGGUAACAGUGACUUCAAAGAUCAAAUGAGCAGUGGACUUUGAAUUUUCUUUUGCCUAUGUUUGUGGGCUCACAAAAGCACAAAAAGUAUUGGUAGCUAUGCACAACUGUGGAGGCAACAACACAGGAAUCCCUCUGCAUUAACUGUUCCAAUGAAUAAAUUGUAAAAAUUAGAUCCCAAGUGGAUUGAAUGUUUUUAAACACAAAGAUCAAGAUCCUCUGGAAAUGGCUUUAAAUUUUCAACAUUAUAUUGGGGGGUAAGAGUGUCCAGUUUUUAAAAGUGAGGAUUUUCCUUUCUCAUCAUGGCCUGUCUGUUCUCCGUCUCCCCCUUUCACACCAAAAUUCCGCUGUAGUGUAGGACAGUUCAGAUCUCUGAGUGUAUAGCUACUGGCUUUGAUUGGUUUUUUCCCUCCUCAUUUAGACUGACUUCAAGCUUUAUUUACUGCACAGCAUCCAGACUCCACUCUGAAGAGAGAAGUAGUAAUUUCCUUGUUAGCGUCUUCAGGGUACCUCCUGCUAUAGCAACUUAGAAUGUUAAUGAAUUUAUGUGCUGGGCAUUUGGAUGUUAUUGUCACCCUUAUUGUAUAAAUAAGGAGUUUAAGUCAGAAUGACUGAAUCAAGAAACAGAAGUUAUCACUGUAUUGGGGCGGGGGGAGGGGGGCGCUAAGAUGAGAUACCCAGGCACUGGCAAUUUGGAGUGGCUUACUUUGUAGCCUUUUGUAGGUUCAAAUCACAUUUUGUCCUAAGUUCCAUAGCAGCUAUAGAGUGCUCAGAGCUUCUGCAAAUCCAGCCACAAUUAUUGACAAGGUGUGAGAGCACUGUCCUCAUUUCUGAAGUCUCUCUCUGGCUUCUUAGCUUCUAGAGAAAUGGCAGCAGGCAGGCUUCUCUCCAGGGCUGGUGGUCAGUUGCUUUCAUUGUAAGAACUCGACUGUUUCCAGCUUUCUCUUUCCUGUCUUUGGGUCUGACUCAUUUGCUGCUAAUCUCCUUCAAUUCUUGGCCAUCACCUCUCUAGAGAUGUGUUCUGUGCUCUGUAUGAAGCUAGAUUCUCAAAAGAAUAAACUGUGUGAUCAUUUGAUUUGGCAUUAUUGUAAAGUGUAUGUACUGAGGGACAACUUAGGAUGACAGUUCAUUUCUUCCCUUUUGAGUAUUUUUAUCUGUAACUAGAUAUAUGUACGCCUGUGUAUAUAUAGUAUUUAUUUUUGAGCUAGGAUUUUCUGGUAUAUAUUCCUUUUGUAUUGGGGUUUCCUUAUAAAGGUAUUUUAGUUUCCUCAAAAAUGCAUUGUCUUUGGAAGUGCUAUGAUUCCUGGAUGGACUUCAAAGGAAUUGAAAGAGCAGCCCAAAUCAUGGAGAAUCUGCCAUGAAAUAACUUACCUACUACAAUUUGAGAAAGAGCAAUAGGUAGAUGAAAACUUGCUCUUGAGCAGUCACAUUUUAUAUACUUUUACCUGAACAUCAUGGGAUGACAUGAAUAUUAAUUCAUGUCUUGCAGUGAUAUUCAAGUGUUGUCCUCUUGAUUCUUUUCUCUAAACUCCAAAGCAAUAACUGUCCAGUGAAGAAAACCAUUUAACAAAUGAUAUGCUGCCUGUUAAUGCCCAAUUCAGCAAUGUUUUAAAAUAUCAGAAAUCUUAGUAUAUAUUUUGGGAAUAACACCCUCAGGACAGAGACCCUCUUUGGAACCAAGAUCAAUCAUCUGACUGAGCUGUACUGGAAAGGAGAAACAUACAAAGGAAAAAUAGUAACUUUUGUCUUUAAUAUCCUGUGUUUUGUUCUGUUCUCCAUGGACUGUCAGGUCUAGAUCUUCUGGAGAAACUAGUGCAUCUUUUUUUAAAAAAACACAGCCUCCCUGUCCAAGUUUUUUAUAGUGGUCAUUUUUCAGAUGUGGGUUGGCAGGCUCUGUUUUCAGGUAAAUACCCAUUUUCUGAUGUAAACAGAUAUCAUUAUCCUGAAAGAUGAAAAUCAGAAUGUUUGGAUUUCCAUUAAUACCAUCUUGGGAUUGGACAGGUAGCUGUAAUUGUUGUUUUCUUAAUCUUGCAAUAAAGUACUGUGGACCACAGCAUUCCUUGCUCACAUAUUGCACCUCACACCUGUGCUAAAUGGGCAUUUUCUGAGCAAAGUGCAUUGUUUGCUCAACAGAAGCAUAAAAGAUGGCACAUGGUAUGUUGCUGUACACCUUAUCUUCUCUCUGCUAAUCGCUGUGGAUAAAGUGAUGAUUGUGCACUACCCUGUGACUCAGAAACAACUUUGCUGAAAACCAUAAAUUUUUUUCAGGUAAGCUACAUCCCACCUGUAUGUAUACUUAAAUGUAACUAUGUAUUUGUUCCCGGGAAGAACCCAGAUGCUUGUCACAGAUAGCUAGCAACUGGAAGCACCAGAACUGGUGUAUUCAGAAUGUGACUACUCUGUCAUUCUGCAAGUACCUCGAGUGUUUAGGAUAUGGAUGAGUACAACUUCUACUGCUUGUCACUGAAUUACUGCUGGUAAUUGAAAAUUGGAAUACAGUGUUCCCUGGAGACUUUGUCAUGGAGCUCAAGAGGUUAAUAUGUACUUACGUGAUGAUACUAUAAUUUUAUAUGCAUCCGCAGAUACUGCUAAUAGACAUUAAAGUGGGCAUUUACAUCCUUAUUAUGGGUCAGUACUUGAUGUCAUAAUAAAAAAGUCACAUCAGAAAAGUA